AUGUGGAAAGCCCGGCCAACUGUUCUGGAUAUACGUCGAAGAUUAGUUUUCAUAGCAGCACAAGAGAUACCUAGAAACGAUACUCCUUUCAUACCUCGCAUUUCCCUCUCACAAAGACACAAAAUGCAUACAUCGCAAGAUUCACCGCAAGUGAACGGCUCGACCGGUUACGGUCAGAACGUCGUAGAUGGACUGAAAAAAGAGGCGAAGUUGGAACAGUCAUCGGUCCAAAAAUUAUCGAAAGAGCAAGAUCAUGUUUUGAAAACCUUCAGACUGCUCAUUGCGGAUCUGUGUCAACAGUUCAAUGGCGGGCAUCCCGGAGGCGCCAUUGGUAUGGCUGCGAUUGGUGUCGCACUGUGGAAGUAUGCCAUGCGAUAUGCACCGCACACACCUACGUACUUCAACCGGGAUCGAUUCGUCCUAUCAAACGGCCACACAUGUCUUUUCCAAUACACCUUCCUCCAUCUCACAGGGUAUAAAGCCAUGACUUUCGAUCAACUGAAGUCGUAUCACUCAGAUCGCGUCGACGCUCUUUGUCCAGGACAUCCUGAAAUUGAACAUGAAGGCAUUGAGGUGACGACUGGCCCGUUAGGACAGGGUGUAGCUAACGCGGUGGGUCUGGCAAUGGCGACAAAGAACCUGCAGGCGAUUUACAACAAGCCAGACUUCGACGUGGUGUCGAACCACACAUGGUGUAUGAUCGGAGACGCGUGCCUUCAAGAAGGUGUUGCCUUAGAAGCAAUCUCUUUCGCUGGCCAUCUGAAGCUGAACAACCUUACCAUUAUUUACGACAACAACCAGGUCACUUGCGACGGUUCUGUCGAUUUGACCAAUACUGAGGACGUGAAUGCCAAGAUGGCGGCAUGCGGCUGGGAUAUCAUCGACAUUGAGGAUGGCUGUUUCGACAUUGAGGGCCUUGUUGAGGCUCUGAACAAGGCACGAUCAUCUACUGAGAAGCCCACAUUCAUCAAUGUCCGAACGGUAAUCGGCCUUGGCAGUGCUGUUGCAGGCGAUGCAGUUGCGCAUGGCGCAGCUUUCGGCGCAGCGGAUGUAGCCAACAUGAAGAAAGCUUACGGCUUCAAUCCCGAGGAGCAUUUUGUUGUUAGCGAUGAAGUGCGCAGGUUCUUUGAAGAUAUUCCGGCGAGGGGCGAGGAGCUUGUAAAGUCCUGGGAGAAGAAAGUAGACGAGUAUCUAAACAAGUAUCCGGAGGAGGGAACCGACUUCAAACGCAGGGUGGAAGGUCGCCUGACAGAGAACUGGAAAGAUCUGGUUCCGAGCUCAUUUCCCGAUGCGCCGACGGCAACGAGAAAAGCGUCGGGCCUGGUCUUCAAUUCGAUCGCCGAGAAGAUAAACAACUUCAUGGUCGGCACAGCGGAUCUGUCGCCCUCGGUCAAUAUGAUUUGGAAGGGCAAGGUCGAUUUCCAGAAUCCUGAUCUGAAGACAACAUGCGGGAUUGUAGGCAACUACAGCGGACGGUACAUCCAUUACGGUGUGCGGGAGCAUGCCAUGUGUGCCAUCUCCAACGGUUUGGCAGCUUUUGCGCCCAACACGUUUAUCCCUGUCACAUCCUCUUUCUUCAUGUUCUACCUCUAUGCAGCACCGGCUGUUCGAAUGGGCGCGCUGCAACAGCUCCAGGUCAUACAUGCGGCGACACAUGACAGCAUUGGAAUGGGCGAAGACGGUCCAACUCAUCAGCCAAUUGAACUCGCAAACCUCUACCGCGCUAUGCCCAACCUAUUGUACAUUCGACCGGCCGAUAGCGAGGAGACUGCCGGAGCGUGGAUCACAGCGAUUGAGGCGAAUAACACGCCGACCAUCAUCUCGACAUCGCGGCACACUCUUCCUCAGCUUGCACAGACGAAGCGGGAUUCGGUCGCGAAAGGUGCAUACGUAAUCGAGGAGGUUGAGGAUGCGGAUGUGACGCUUAUUGGUGUCGGUGCAGAGCUGCAUCAUGCGGUCGAUACAGCGAAGGAGCUGAAGGCGAAGAACAUUAAAGCACGCGUCGUGAGCUUCCCGUGCCAGCGGCUAUUCGAUGCCCAGUCUACACAAUACAGGCGAGAGACUCUAAGAAGACAUCGCGGCAUUCCAGCUGUCGUUAUUGAGCCGUAUGCGCCAAACGGAUGGGAGAGGUAUGCCGAUGCAGCAUGUUGUGUAAAGCGCUUCGGUCACAGCUUGCCAGGCAAAGCAGCCUACAAAUACUUUGGCUUCGAUGUGCCUGCGUUGACGGCGAAGGUAGAGAACUACCUGCAGCAGGUGCGCGACGAUCCACUAUUGAAGGGCGAGUUUGUCGAUUUAUGA